AUGACCACCAGACUGCUGUGGAGGGCCCUGUUCCUGUUGGCCUUACUGUGCUCUUUGUCCCACUUUGGCUCUGCCGAAAGCCUGCCAGAGACCAAAACUGAGCAGGGAGUCACCUUCAGCCAUGUCUAUAAAAUUGACGUCCCAGGAGGCUCCAAUUGUAAACUAGAGGGCCUGUCAAGCCAGGAUGGAACAGAUCUGCAGACAGAGACCACUAAGAAUGGAGAGAAUGACAUUAUCUUCAGACACAACAUUCGGCUGCAGACACCACAGUGUGACUGUGCUGAGUCAGAGAGCUUCAAGUCUCUCCUCUACAGAGUGAAUGGGCUGGAAGAGGAGGUCAACUACCUAAAGACCCAGUGUAGUCAGGGUUGUUGUGGAAAAGGUGGUAACAUAUUUUCCCUUUCUUCAGGAGUAGACACGAGCUGUAGUGGCCAUGGGACCUAUCAACACGAUGCCUGUAGCUGCCAGUGUAACCUGGGAUGGGAAGGCCCAGAUUGCUCCGUGUCGUCCUGCCCUGAUGAGUGCAACGACAAUGGCCGUUGUGUGGACGGGAAAUGCGUGUGCCAUCAGGGUUUCACAGGAGACGACUGCAGUCAGCUGAUGUGUCCAGACAACUGUAAUGACAAGGGACAGUGUGUGGAUGGAAAGUGUGUGUGUUUCCCGCACUUCACCGGGGAGGACUGCAGCAUCCAGAAGUGUCCCAAUGACUGCAUUGGAAACGGCCAGUGUGUGGACGGCCAGUGUGUCUGUGAUGAAGGCUUUUAUGGGGAGGACUGUUCAUUAGUGCUCGGCCCUCAGGGUCUGAGGUUGGUCCAGGUGACUGACGUGUCUCUACUGGUGGAGUGGGAGCCUGUUCGUGGAGCAGAAUAUUACAUUUUGACUCAUCAUCCCGAAGGAGAUCAGGGUGCAAUGAAACAAGUUCGGGUUCCCAACACAGAGAACUCAUACCUCAUCACAGGUCUGUCUCCUGGGGUCACCUACAUCGUUCAAGUGUAUGCUGUCAUCAGAGAAAUCCAAAGUGAAGCUGACAUGAUUGAAGCUACCACAGAUGUUUCUGACAUAGAUGAUAUCCAAGUUCUUGGUCAGAAUGAGGUUUCCAUCCAGGUGGACUGGAGGAACCCACCAGUGGAGGUGGACCACUUUAGGCUGACCCACAUCGACCCAGCAGGACAGGAGGAGGAGCAGAACGUACAGAUGAGCCAGGAGGCGCGCACCAGACACACUAUUGUUGGUCUGUAUCCUGGGACAGAGUAUCAGAUCUCAGUCCAGGCUGUCAAAGGAACCAGCGAGGGGAAAUCUUCUACUGUCACUGGUACUACAGACAUUGACUCGCCUACCAACCUGGUGACCACUGAAGUAACAGAGGACACGGCUACGGUGUCCUGGGAUCAAGUCCAGGCAGACAUAGACGGCUACAUGCUGAGCUACGUCUCAGCUGAGGGCUCUUCUGCAGACAUUCCUGUAGGACGUGACCGGACUUCAUACAGGCUGGUUGGCUUGAAGCCUGGAGUCGUGUAUACUGUCUACAUCUGGGCCUACAAGGGAGAGAGAGUGAGCAGGAAGAGUUCAACAGAAGCUGAAACAGAGCUGGACGCUCCUGCUAACCUCUUAGCUCAAGAUGAAACUGAGACCAGCUUCAGUGUGUCCUGGGAUCCAGUCAAGGCUCCCAUUGAAGGCUACUUGCUAACCUACAGCUCCUCUGAGGGCUCGUAUGAGCUCCCAGUUGGGUCGGACCGUUCUUCAUACACAGUGACUGGCCUGAGGCCUGGGGUCGUCUAUACGGUCCACCUUGUGGCUGUCAAGGAGAUGAAAGCCAGCACGAAGAUUUCAACUCAGGCUGAGACAGUUCUGGAUGCUCCUGCUAACCUCUCAGCUCAAGAUGUCACAGAGACAACCUUCAGUGUGUCAUGGGAUCCUGUCCAGGCCGAAAUAGACGGCUACAUGCUAACCUACAGCUCCUCUGAGGGCUCCAGUGGGGACAUCCCACUGAGCUCUGACAGCACCUCUUACAUGCUGACAAGCUUGAAGCCUGGAGUCCUUUACACGGUCUACAUCUGGGCUGUCAAGGGACCAAAAUCCAGCAGGAAGAUCUCCACACAGGCUGAGACAGAACUGGAUGCUCCUGCUAACCUCUUAGCCCGAGAUGAAACAGAGUCCAGCUUCAGGGUGUCCUGGGAUCCAGUCCAGGCCGACAUUGAUGGCUACAUGCUUACCUACAGCUCCUCUGAGGGAGAUAGUGAGGAGAUACCAGUCGGGUCUGACAGCACAUCUUACACACUGACCGGCCUCAGGCCAGGUGUCCUCUACACGGUCUACAUCUGGGCUGUCAAGGGGCGCAAAACCACCAGGAAGAUAUCAACCAAUGCAGAAACAGAGAUUGAUUCCCCCAGAGACCUGAAGGCGACAGACGUGAAGUUGGACUCUGCUGUUCUGACAUGGGUUCCUCCUCUGGCUGACAUAGAGGGGUACAUCCUCACCUACAGACUGGAGGAUGGCAACAUGGAGGCUGUUGAGAGGCGGCUUGGAGCCAGAGAGAGACAAUUUUCUAUGUCAGGUCUGGAGAUGGGAAAGAGAUACAUCAUUACCAUCAUUGCCUACAGGGGGAACAAGAGGAGCAGAGUUGUAGAGACCAUCUUUAAAACAGUCGGCCUCAUGUACCCGUUCCCCAUGGAUUGCAUUCAGAUUCUGAAAAAUGGCAAUAAGAAGAGUGGAAUCUACACCAUCUAUAUUAACAACGACCGCACCAAACCACUGGAGGUUUACUGCGACAUGGACACUGACGGAGGCGGCUGGCUUAUGCUUCAGCGCCGUAACAGUGGUAAGCUGGACUUCAUGAAACGCUGGAAACACUACAUGGCAGGUUUUGGCAACAUGACUGAUGAGUUCUGGAUUGGUCUGGAGAAGAUAUAUGAGCUGACCAACACUCCAACUCAGUAUGAGCUGAGGUUUGACCUGGGCCUGGGGUCAGAGAGAGCCUUUGCUGUAUAUGACAACUUCAAGAUUGCGCCAGCCAAGCAGAAGUUCAAACUCACUAUUGGCACAUACAGAGGAAACGCAGGUGAUGCUAUGACCUACCACCAAGGCCGGCCCUGGACUACCGUGGACUCGGAUAAUGAUAUCGCCCUCGGUAACUGUGCCCUUACUCACCGUGGAGCCUGGUGGUACAAAAACUGUCACCUGGCCAACCUCAACGGAAAGUGGGGAGACACCAGGCACAGUUUGGGAGUGAACUGGGAGCCGUGGAAGGGCCACCUGACAUCCCUUGAUUUCACUGAGAUGAAGAUCCGACCUGUGGGAGCCAUGACCAGCAGGAAGAGACGAUCGCUGACAGCCAGAGAGAACAAAACCAAAAGUGUCCAAAAGAUAUAAAAGAGCAGCUUGCACCAAAACUGCACGGUCAUUUUCGAUACAAUUAACCCAUCCACGUAAUAAAUUGUGUGUGUGAUGACAUGAAUAUGUCUAGGUGCUCUAACCACACAAGAUUUCCCUCUGAUCAACAUCCCUGUAUGCAUCUUACCUCCAAAAUGCACACUUCUAUGCCGAAGGAAAAUGCUCAUAUCUAAUAGUAACUUAUUAUCUGUUCAUAUAAAACAGGAUCAGAAAGCUUGAGUGGGAUUAUGAGUAAGAGGCAGAUAGAAACUAGAGUUGUUUUGAAGUGUACCAAAGAUGAACAUUUAAGUCUUUCAGUUAGAAUGCAGUUGUGGUUUUAAAAGCUCCUGUUUCACUGAUUAUGGUUGGAACUUUGAUUCAAAAUCAGGAAACAGAUGAUAUAAGUUGAACGAACAGAGAAAACAAAUUUCUUUCAUUUUAAUGCAUUCAUUUUUUUCUUAUUUUAAAGCCUCAGAGCAGCAGCCGAGGCAGUUUGUAUUAUAAUUGUUUAUUGUA